AUGGCGACGCUUCUGGGGUCCGAGUCCCCUUGGACUGGAGGAAAACGAAGCAGUCGCAAUGACAAUAUCAUUGCGAAGAUCACACACAGUCAGAUCGCAGGCCAGGGUUUCAGCCGAGGGACACAGGUAAGACAACUAGUGCGAUUUCUUGGCAAUGAAGGUAUCUGAAAAGGGGGAGGACUGGCAAUCCUGGGAUUGCGUUUGUAACCCUGCUGAGAGCUCGCUAACGUUAGCAUAUAUAGGGAUGAAGUAGCUAGCUAGCUGUUUACCUGGCUUUCUGGUUAGUUGGCUAACAUUAGCUGUAUAUGCUACAAAAUGUGAUCUUUUCGCUACAUGAAAGUCGGAAUACACAUCGCAAACUAGUUAACGUUAGCUACUUACAAUAAAAUGCCAGCUGACAACCUUCAUGUAGCCUACACUAGCUAGCUCUUUUGUUGAUUAAGAAAUCGUUUUGGCUAGCUAGCUAGUAUUUACGCCAUCUAGCUUACUUGCUAACCAUAGUUAGCUAGUUUGUUAGCUGUACUUAACGUUAGUAGCUAGCUAUCUGUGGUAGUAUCGUAUUUGUUUGUCUGAUCCCAUCCAUAAUAUUCUAUGCAAUUGGCAUCUGUAUUUAGUUAUAUUACUGUUGUUAUAUCAGCGAGUUACCUAACAUUUUUGAUGAGUUUGCGAAACUGAAUGAGUGCGCCACUGCUAGCUCGCUUGCAGUUAAUGUUAACUAGCGAACUAUACUAGCUUGGUUUUAGGUUUGAUCAGCGAAUUGGGAGCAAAUUUUAUUUUGACAGGCUGUUUCCAUUUGCUAUCUAGGUAGUAGAACAAACGCGAAAUAAUUUGGAACAGCACGCGUGAUUACGUAACGUUAACGACACCAUCCACACGUAGUUAUAGCUGGCUAGCCAGCCCCCAGCUAUUUUCGUUACCAUAAAUAGGUGCCGCCCAUCUGUGACUGGGCACGGCUCAGUCAUACUGCUAACAGGUAUUUUACCUAACUAGCUACCUGUUUUUGCUCAUGUGAGCCUCACAUUACUAGCCAGCUAAAUAAACCUUACACAGGCAAAAGCUUUUCUCUUUCAUGCACUGUUGAAAAAUCAACGGCACCUUUUUUGCAAAUAAUAUUGAGGAAUUUAUACAUGAUACACUCAUUCAUGUGUGUUUACAAAAGGCUUCAGUAGACUAGAUGGUGGCUAUUUAAAACAAACCUCUUGAAUUAUACAUUUAACAUGAAGAGCUCACUUAGCCCCAGACUGCACUUCUUGCAUAGCUGUCUGUGCUACCCUGUCCUAGAAUUACAUUUAUAUUUUAGUCAUUUAGCAGACGCUCUUAUCCAGAGCGACUUACAGUUAGUGAAUACAUAUUCUAUUUUUUAUUUUUUUCAUACUGGUCCCCCGUGGGAAUCGAACCCACAACCCUGGCGUUGCAAACGCCAUGCUCUAUCAACUGAGCUACAUCCCUGCCGGCCAUUCCCUCCCCUACCCUGGACGACGCUAGGCCAAUUGUGCGCCGCCCAUGAGUCUCCCAGUCGCGGCCGGCUGCGACAGAGCCUGGAUCUCUAGUGGCACAGCUAGCACUGUGAUGCAGUGCCUUAGACCACUGCGCCACUUACCCCCUCAGACUCCCUGCCCUUCUUCUUCAAAUCACAUUUUAUUUGCCACAUGUGCCGAAUACAACAGGUGUAGACCUUACAAUGACAUGCUUACUUACAAGCCCUUAACCAACAAUGCAGUUUUAAGAAAAAAAGUGUUAAGUAAAAAAAUAAAAUAAAGAGCAGCAGUAAAAUACAAUAACAGUAGGGAGGCUAUAUACAGGGGGUACUGGUACAGAGUUAAUGAGCGGGGGCACCGGUUAGGCGAGGUAAGCCCCCAGUGUAGCUCAGUUGGUAGAGCAUGGCGUUUGCAACGCCAGGGUUGUGGGUUCGAUUCCCACGGGGGGCCAGUAUAAAAAUGUAUGCACUCACUAACUGUAAGUUGCUCUGGAUAAGAGCGUCUGCUAAAUGACUAAAAUGUAAUUGAGGUAAUAUGUACAUGUGGGUAUAUAAUGGCGGUCCUCAAACAAACGUUUACAGUGCAUGCUACCACCUACUGUGCUGGAAUGUACGAUCAAUCAUGAUCUACCCAAUUCUGUACUACCAUGAAAAUAGAAUUCAAAACCAAAUAAAUCCCUACUAACUUCUAUCACAACCUCUCCCAAAAACCCUCCCUACCCCAUUAAACUUUAUCUAUAUCAUGCUGAAACACUCCACCCUUAGGAUUGUUCAGCAUGUCAACAACCAUUUCAACAGUAACAUCUGUUACCCCCAAUAUCUCUUUUGCCGUCUCCACAAUAACUUUCAACCUGGCAUUUCUGCUUUCUAAUCAAAUGUUAUUUGUCACAUGCACCGAAUACAACAGGUGUAGACCUUAUCGUGAAAUGCUUACUUAUAAGCCCUUAACCAACAAUGCAGAGUAUUUUUUUUUUUUUAAGUAUGAAAAUAAUUGCUUAAAAAAACAUUUAUUAUUAUUAUUAUUAUUAUUAUAACACAAUAAAAUAACAAGAACGAGACUAUAUACAGGGGGUACCGGUACCGAAUCAAUGUGUGGGGGUACAGGUUAGUCGAGGUAAUUUAGGUAAUAUGUACAUGAAAGUAGGGGUAAAGUGACUAUGCAUAGAUAAUAAACAGCGAGUAGCAGCAGUGUAAAAAAGGUGGUCAAUGCAAAUAGUCUGGGUAGCCAUUUGAUUAACUGUUUAGCAGUCUUAUGGCUUGGGGAUAGAACCACAACCCGAGUCGUAUUGAUAACCGUACCAAUAAAAGCUAUGAAGUCAACUCAUGAGCGCAGGAUUUCUGAACAGGUCUGGAAACCAUGCCAGGACCAGCAGAAGCACCAGCCCCGACAUUAGGUCCACUUAGUACAGGAGCAGCCAUGGAAGCUCCACCAGUCCGCACUGUAGUUCCCCCAAUCUGUCUUACAGCCUCUGCUCAUGGCUGAUUCUAUAUCACUGAGCCUCUCUAGCCUCUCUCUGGACCUGGCAUCCACCAAAUGCUGCACUAUGUUCCCCCCACACUUCAUCUUCAGAUUGCUCCCACAUUCACCGUAAUCAUGUUCCCCUCCACACUUGGCACAUAUUUUAUUUCCUUUACACUGAACAACUAGUUGUUUAAAAUGUAAAACGCUGCAAUGGGGAUGGGACAAAUUCUCUGACGUUGAAACUAAGGAAUCCUAUCUGUACUUUUCCAGGCAAAACCUUCUCAAACCUCAGCAGCACUGAUAAGCUUUCAUUUCUUUGACUCAUUCUCUUCUUGUGAAAUGUGGCCUGCUUAACUCACUGCCAACUUGCCCUAAAGAAUAGAACAGGCAUAUGUGUUGCUCUAUUGAUUCCAAUAAAAAGUCUCAAAUGGCAGUUUGAGCCUCAUUCCUCUCAAAGUUUCAAUAAUAAUUGAGUUAUGAGAACUGAAAGUUAUAUUGUGCUCCAUUUGUGAGGGAUUUCAUUUGGGCAUGAUUUGGAAUUACUUCUGAGAGGAAGUGAUUAUUUUGCACUAACAUCUAAGACCUAGGCUUUUAUUAAAUCUGUCUGAGGUUGUGUGGGUGUGCGGAGGGUAGGGUAAAAUGACCAACUGUCUGUGUUCUGGGGGCAUUCUCUAAGCUCUUGCAUAUUUCCUGGAUUCACCGCUCAUUCAUUGUGUUCCAGCUCCCAGAGGCGCUGCUCCAGGAGAGAGAUAAGAGGGCCAAAUGGCAUGGCAUCCCUGAGCUGCUGCAGAAGCUCCAUGAGAGCAGCCAUCCUAACAGUGACCUCUCCCAAACACACAGUGUACUAAAGGUACCCACAUAAUAAAUACACCACACCAUCAACAAAGCGCAGGCUCCUAGGCUAUAUGAGCCAACUGAUUGUGUAUAAUUGACUCUAAGAUUAACACCAGGCCUAAUUAUCUGUUAUUUUUUACAGGAACUAUCAUCCCUACUUUCCAUGGAGGCAAUGUCUUUUGUCACAGAAGACAGGAAGAGUGCUCAAGAAUCCACCUUUCCCAACACAUACACCUUUGACCUCUUUGGUGGAGUAGAUGUAGGUUUACAUCCUGUUUAUUGUGCUCUUGCUGCUAGUGUGUUCUGUGCUGUGAUGGAAAGUAAUGAGUGAUUCAUACUGCAGUGUAUCAGUGCCUUCUGAGAUAUUAUCAGGUCACGUUUGUUCAUUGCAUUCCUAUUUUUUGUCCAUUCAAAGCUGCUUGUAGAGAUCUUGAUGAGGCCUACACUCACUAUGCAGAAGAAGAAACCUAAAAGUAAGCAGUAAACACUUAGGUCUGAUAUAAUUUCUCUCUGAAGGCUGCACUUUUGACAUAAGGGACCUUUGCUAUUCAUGUCUGUGUGUCUUGUCCCUGCAGUGAAUGAUGACUUGGUCAAGGACUGCCUUAGUGUUCUUUACAACUGCUGCAUAUGUGUAAGUACCCUUGCCGCAGACCAUCACUUCAUAUGCAAAAAAAAGAAGGAAUCAUGUCUGCCUUUUCUUCUAUAAACAUUCAUUAAUCGUCAAAUCUCUCCUCCAAAUAUUCUCAGACGGAAGGGGUAACAAAGAGCCUUGCAGCCAGAGAUGACUUUGUCCUGUUUCUCUUCACCUUGAUGACGAACAAGAAGACGUUUCUACAGACUGCCACUUUAAUCGAGGAUAUUCUUGGCGUCAAGAAGGUCAGAGCAACUUUAUGACAAAAUCUUUCACAAAUAUUGCUCACCCUGAGAGUAUGAAGGUUUGCUCUAGGCAGAGAUUUUGUGUCCAUGAUCAUGUUAUGCUAAUGGUGAUCCAUAUAUUUUGGUCCUCUCUCUGCCCCAGGACAUGAUCCAGUUGGAGGGGAUUCCUAACCUGUCUGGUCUGGUCCAGAGCUUCGACCAGCAGCAGCUGGCUAACUUCUGUCGCAUCCUCUCUGUCACCAUCUCAGAACCCGACGUAGGGAAAUGACGACAAACACACCUUGCUUGCCAAGAAUGCACAGCAGAAACGCAACGCAAGCCCCUCACGUGCAGAGGUCAAUCAAGGUAGGACAGGGAUACGGAAACACAGUGAAGAAAUUAAACAUUUUAUUCUCACUCUUUAGCUCAAUUACCCUUUCUUAGGGUCUUGUUAAAAUAUUGGUUUGAUUAAUCUGUUGAUUUGUAGUACUCCUUUGAUUUGAUCACUUUUGGAACGAAUAAGGGUUUCUCCUCAGUGCUUAACCUAAAACUGUUGUAGAGUACAAGAUCAAUGAAUGAGCCCACCCUGUUCCCAGUGACCCUCCUGAACAUCCCGGGCUUCAUCGAGCGCCUGUGUAAACUGGCCACCAGGAAGGUGUCUGAGGCCACCGGGGCGUCUAACUUCCUGCAGGAGCUGGAGGACUGGUACACGUGGCUGGACAACGCCUUGGUGCUGGACGCCCUCAUGCAGAUGGCCACGGAGGAGGCUGAGCACAGCAGUACAGGUCAGCAGCCUCUCUCCUCCUGCUCUGGACCACUGCCUUAAACAACAGUUAUCACUGAAAAGGUCUAACAUUAGAUGCGCCAUUCUGCCUGUGAAAUGUUUAUUUAUAGCACUAUACAGAAAUAUCCUGGACAUCUCGGUUGUCCUCUGUUGUCACCUACCCUUGUACCUCUGUACCUGUCUAUGAAAAUGUAUUCUAAUUUCAUUUUUUUUUCAUCAUGUUGUGUCUCCUCCACAGAGUCAUCAGAUGAGAGUUCGAUGGCCACCAGCCCUCUGAGGCACCGUUUGCCCCAGUCCAUGAAGAUUGUCCAUGAGAUCAUGUACAAGGUGGAGGUGCUCUAUGUGCUCUGUGUGCUGCUAAUGGGCCGUCAGAGGAACCAGGUGAGGGGCUGGGGGACAGAGCAGACGCCUCGCCUAAUACAGGGCAGGGCUCUCUCGGGAGUAGGCACUCCUGUGCGCUUGCAUGUAUUUGACCACCUGAUGCGUCUUCCUCAGGUACACAAGAUGUUAGCAGAGUUCCGUCUGAUCCCAGGCCUCAACAACCUGUUUGACAAGCUGAUCUGGAGGAAGCACACCUCGUCCGAUCACGUGGUGCAUGGCCAGAACGAGAACUGUGACUGCAGUCCGGUAAGCAGUGCACUCGUCUCUCACUGAGCUGUCACUGGACAUGAUCAGUGGCUUUUUCUAGGAUUCUCACUCUGGGUACAUAUUUCCAUUGCUGUGUUUUAACAUUUGUAAUAUCAAUCACUCUGAUUCUGUCCUUCCCUUUAGGAAAUAUCAUUCAAAAUCCAGUUUCUGAGGCUUCUCCAGAGCUUCAGUGACCACCAUGAGUGAGUAACCUUCAAACAGUCUAUUUGACCGAAAGUUCCCUGCCAGCUUCACUUGAAUUUAACAAACAACAUUUUCUUUAUUUCAGGAACAAGUACCUGCUUCUGAACAGUCAGGAGCUGAACGAGCUGAGUGCCAUUUCUCUGAAGGCCAACAUACCGGAGGUGGAGGCCUUAGUCAAUACAGACAGGUAUGCAUCCUCUGGUCCCAUCAUCUACUUCCACCUUUUUGACUCCACCCUCAAUACUUCACACUACAGUGCAAAAGAGGCAUUGUGUUCUCCGAAACCUCAAAUGCAAUACCAUAUUGUGUGUCUAAAUCUGUUGUGAGUGAUUCACACUAAUGCCUUCUCCCUGUCUCCUUGUGCUCCUCCAGGAGUCUAGUGUGUGAUGGGAAGAAGGGUCUCCUCACACGUCUGCUCGCCGUCAUGAAGAGGGAACCUCCAGACUCCUCCUUCAGGUUCUGGCAGGCCAGGGCAGUGGAGAGUUUCCUCCGUGGAGCCACCUCCUAUGCGGACCAGAUGUUUCUGCUGAAGAGGGGGCUACUAGAACACAUCCUGUUCUGCAUCAUAGACAGCGGCUGUAAGUCGAGAGACGUCCUGCAGAGCUACUUUGACCUGCUGGGGGAACUCAUGAAGUUCAACAUCGAUGCCUUCAAGAGGUUCAACAAAUACGUCAGCACAGACGACAAGGUGAAACCCUUAGCAAGUAGCAACCCCCCUCAAUGUGAGAGGACCCUGUCAGUCCUUACAUCGUCCCUGAAAAUACAUGAAAUAAAGCAAUAUAGAUUAUUAUAGUCAUAUUUAAGUAAUCUCAAUGUACCCAGGGUUGUGCAAUGUGUAUGUUCUAUAAUGCUGUGUGUCUCAUCCCUUUGUUCGGCUCGGCUGCAGUUCCAGACCUUCAUGACCCAGAUCAACAGUUCCCUGGUGGACUCCAACAUGCUGGUGCGCUGCAUCGUCCUUUCCCUCGACCGCUUCGAGAGCCAGACAGAGGACGUGAAAGGUAAACCACCCUGUCUAUUCCCAUACUAAGGAAAUGGAACGAUGAGAGAGGGUCAGAUGUAGGAUCUCAAGCUGCCAAUGUUGGAAUGAAUUCAAUCUUUGAGUGCGUUAUAAUGGUGCUGUUCCUGCUGUAAUUGUUGCUGACUGUGGUCCUGCAGUGGUGGAGGUGCUGUCUGAAUGCUGUCUGCUGUCCUACAUGGCCCGGGUGGAGAACAGGCUAUCCUUCCUCUUCAGGCUGGUCAACAUCAUCAACGUGCAGACUCUCACACAGGUCUCUCUAACACCGGACACACACACACCUCUGUACCUCUCUUUCAGGUUAAGAUGAAUGUAUCCUCAGUUACUUAGGGUUUGAGGUUGUUGUUCUCCAACAUGUGGCGCUGACCUGUCCCCCUCUGCCCUGCCCAUCCCUUGGCCCAGGAGAAUGUGAGCUGUCUGAACACCAGCCUGGUGGUCCUGAUGCUAGCCAGGAGGCGGGGCAAGCUGCCCUUCUACCUCAACACAUUGAGAGAGAAGGAGUAUGCAGAGAAAUACCCCGGCUGCCUGCUAAACAACUUCCACAACCUUCUGCGCUUCUGGCAACGCCACUACCUCAACAAGGACAAGGACAGCACCUGUCUGGAGAACGUGAGUGUCCUCUCCUCACUCUGCUCUGUCCCAAACGGGAAAACCGUCAAACUUACCAAUAGUAUAUUGUACGUUCAGAUUCUUUCAUUUUCUUCUAAAAAAGUUAUGCAGGGAUGCGAACUUGCCACUUUUUGGCGAUAUUCGCAGUUUUUAUCUCAAAAUAGGUCAUCCACAUGAAUCGUGUAAAUCCGUUUUUAAAAAAUCAAACGUUUGGGGGGGGUCUGACAAAGUGCGCAGACGCAGAGUGUAUCACCCAUUGAGCUAUAAAAGAGAGGCGCGAACAGAAUCUCAAUUGCACACUCCUCGCGUCCUCUCUCCUCGCCUCCUUCUCAAAACCCAUUGGAGGAGAAGGUCAGAGGGGAGGGACCUCUGGCUUUCUCAUCCAUUGGGUUUUGAGGAGCAAGGAGUAUGCACUUGAGAUUUUCCCACUGUGUACUCACUAACGUUACCUUCUCUGGCGGCUGUGUACUCACUAACGUUACCUUCUCUGGCGGCUGUGUACUCACUAACGUUACCUUCUCUGGCGGCUGUGUACUCACUAACGUUACCUUCUCUGGCGGCUGUCAUCAUGCACUCCACCCAACAAACUUUGUUCCUGACUGAAAUUUGGAAUGCAACUUGAGGUAAGCAACCUGUGUUCAAAAUAAUGCUGUGGUUAUAUUUGAUACAUGCAACUAUAAUUUGCUUAUGUUUAGGGCUGUGGCGGUCACAAAAGUUUGUCAGCCGGUGAUUGUCAAGCAAAUAACUGCCGGUCUCACGGUAAUUGACCGUUAAUUAACAUAAACACAUUUAGCAUCUCCUGGCUUCCACACAUAGCCUACAAGCCACUGAUGCAGAUCUUUGGAACAUCUACAUUUUAAAAAGUCUACUAAAUCCAUGUAAUAUAGCCUACACCUUCACAAUAAAUCCAUUAUUUAUUUUAGGCAGGUCUAAAGAAACAUGAUAUGAAGAAAAUGUAGUCUAUUUCAGAAGAACAGAAUAGCAUACUCUGAGUUGUCCUGAUCUGGCUGUGGGCUACACUAGUUCAUUAAGCAGACAAGAUUUGCUUAGAAUUUCGUGGCAUUAUUUUAUAGUAUGAAGAAUACAAUUGAACAAAGCUGAAUAAAAUAGAAAGGAGAGAUGUAUGUAUAUAUAUAUAUAUCUAUCUCGGAACGAUUUGAGGGAGUCCGCACAUGCGGCUCUUCUAUGUUGAGCGGUUAACAAAGAAGUGGGUAUUCCUAUAUGCUUAAUUUAGAAUUAUGAAUGUAACUUUAGUUGUUCUACAAACGUUGGGCCAUAUGUUUUGAUUUUUAAUACAUUGUAAGGCUGCUUCUUCACAUUAUAAGCGCAUUAUUAGCGGGAAAACACCAUUAUCAAAAGUGACCGCAAAUGCGAUUAUGCAUUUAAUGCUUUUAUUAUAAAGGUGCAUAAAGGAAUUAUCUUCCCCAAACUUGAAACUCACGCGCUACUUAUGUACGCCAGUUACAGUGGGGAAAAAAAGUAUUUAGUCAGCCACCAAUUGUGCAAGUUCUCCCACUUAAAAAGAUGAGAGAGGCCUGUAAUUUUCAUCAUAGGUACACGUCAACUAUGACAGACAAAAUGAAUAAAAAAAAUCCAGAAAAUCACAUUGUAGGAUUUUUUAUGAAUUUAUUAGCAAAUUAUGGUGGAAAAUAAGUGUUUGGUCAAUAACAAAAGUUUUUCAAUACUUUGUUAUAUACCCUUUGUUGGCAAUGACACAGGUCAAACGUUUUCUGUAAGUCUUCACAAGGUUUUCACACACUGUUGCUGGUAUUUUGGCCCAUUCCUCCAUGCAGAUCUCCUCUAGAGCAGUGAUGUUUUGGGGCUGUCGCUGGGUAUACGGACUUUCAACUCCCUCCAAAGAUUUUCUAUGGGGUUGAGAUCUGGAGACUGGCUAGGCCACUCCAGGACCUUGAAAUGCUUCUUACGAAGCCACUCCUUCGUUGCCCGGGCGGUGUGUUUGGGAUCAUUGUCAUGCUGAAAGACCCAGCCACGUUUCAUGUUCAAUGCCCUUGCUGAUGGAAGGAGGUUUUCACUCAAAAUCUCACGAUACAUGGCCCCAUUCAUUCUUUCCUUUACACGGAUCAGUCGUCCUGGUCCCUUUGCAGAAAAACAGCCCCAAAGCAUGAUGUUUCCACCCCCAUGCUUCACAGUAGGUAUGGUGUUCUUUGAAUGCAACUCAGCAUUCUUUGUCCUCCAAACACGACGAGUUGAGUUUUUACCAAAAAGUUAUAUUUUGGUUUCAUCUGACCAUAUGACAUUCUCCCAAUCCUCUCCUGGAUCAUCCAAAUGCACUCUAGCAAACUUCAGACAGGCCUGGACAUGUACUGGCUUAAGCAGGGGGACACGUCUGGCACUGCGUAGUGCGUUACUGAUGGUAGGCUUUGUUACUUUGGUCCCAGCUCUCUGCAGGUCAUUCAUUAGGUCCCCCCGUGUGGUUCUGGGAUUUUUGCUCACCGUUCUUGUGAUCAUUUUGACCCCACGGGGUGAGAUCUUGCGUGGAGCCCCAGAUCGAGGGAGAUUAUCAGUGGUCUUGUAUGUCUUCCAUUUCCUAAUAAUUGCUCCCACAGUUGAUUUCUUCAAACCAAGCGGCUUACCUAUUGCAGAUUCAAUCUUCCCAGCCUGGUGCAGGUCUACAAUUUUGUUUCUGGUGUCCUUUGACAGCUCUUUGGUCUUGGCCAUAGUGGAGUUUGGAGUGUGACUGUUUGAGGUUGUGGAAAGGUGUCUUUUAUACUGAUAACAAGUUCAAACAGGUGCCAUUAAUACAGGUAACGAGUGGAGGACAGAGGAGCCUCUUAAAGAAGAAGUUACAAGUCUGUGAGAGCCAGGAAUCUUGCUUGUUUGUAGGUGACCAAAUACUUAUUUUCCACCAUAAUUUGCAAAUAAAUUCAUUAAAAAUCCUACAAUGUAGUUUUCCAGAAUUUUCUUUCUCAAUUUGUCUGUCAUAGUUGACGUGUACCUAUGAUGAAAAUGACAGGCCUCUCUCAUUUUUUUAAGUGGGAGAACUUGCACAAUUGGUGGCUGACUAAAUACUUUUUUGCCCCACUGUAUAUAAGCAGAUUGUAAAGUGGAUUAAUGUACUUAAUUUUAAGAAGUUAUUUGGCCACUUUAGUUUUUAUACAAACCUUAUCAAAACAUAUAGGACUAUGGGCUAGGCUACAUGAAGUGUGCGACUAUGAUUAGAAAAAGUCGCAAAGAAAAGGCAUUGUUUCUCGCUGGGCAUCAUUCACAAGUGAUAAUAUAUCAUUCACAAGUGAUAGGCUAAUAUUGUCACCUGUCAGACUAUUCUUGAUUUAAUCUUGUCUUUACAUAUACUAAAUAAUAUAUGUGUGAAAUUUGUUUUGAUUUAGAAUGGACCAUUAUCAUGCACCUGUCUCGAAACAGGGGCAGGGGAAAAAAUUAAUGUAAUCUAUGUACUUAAAUAGCGAAUGGAGGACGCUAUUCCCAUGGUUCAUUUUCAUGCCAGCCAGAUAGGCUAUACUCCUAUUGUAAAGAGAAGCAAUGUGCUUAAUAUUAGGAAAGUUGAGAAAUAAAUGUAGUAGGCCUAGCCUAUAGAAAUCUGAUGGGAUCCUCUUUUUAAUAGAGGCCCCAUCACUCUGUUUUCUCACGCAAUUGCAUAGCCUAUAGAAAUGUUGCGCAACAUGAGCUCAUGGGCUCUCAUGAAGUGUUUGAUUAGGUUUUCGAUCACAUUUGCAUUGAUGUCAGAGUUAUUAGAGGGACAAUAGAGUGCUGAGUACCAGGCAGUUAGCAAGUUUGGUAGGCUACUAAUGACCAGCAGCAGCAUCAGAGCUUGGAGAAGCCUAAUUACUGUGACUAAACAGUCACGUGGAAUUUGACUGCCUUCAUGACUCGUGACCCCCGGUGUGGCGGUCAGCCCUACUUAUGUUUCAAUAGCGCAAAUUAUAACACACAAAGUUAUUAACGUUAGCUACCUAGCUACUUUAGUAUCUAAGCUGGCAAGCUAAAAUGGAACAUCAGAGUUCAGAGUGUGAUGUCAGAUAUGUCAAAUCGGAUAGCUUUAUCCAAUAAUAUCACGUGUGACAGCUGUGAGCAGCCAGUCGCAUUCCCUUACCAGCCAUUAGUCUACUCAGCUGCUUCUCUCCAGACCCGGGGCCAGGAUAAAGUGACUAAGGGGGCAGUAUACAUUUUUUUGAGUUCUGCUUAUGUCACGCUAUACCACAAUAACCAUACAGUUCAAAUGCCGAGAGUCUGAGACCAUUGAUUGAGUGCUUUUGAAGUGACAGGUUGGCACAAAAUUCAUAGCCCAUCUCUGCUGCGUAUCAUCAGAAUGACACACUAAAGCAAGGCUGUUUUGGUAAUGAAUAUAGGCUACAAGAUAGAUAGAUAGAUAGAUAGAUAGAUAGAUGGGGUAAGUCACCUAUUACAAACAGCCUAUGUGAAUGUAGCCAUAAACACCGCUGUCUUACCAAAAUAAUGCAAAAAUAAAUGCUGGAAGUAGUAGCCUAGUUAUUCAUGCAUGCAAACAAAAAUACUGGAUAGCAGUUUGGCUUAGUAUACUGACACAACUGCGAAUGCAAACGAAUGAAUGCAAAUAGAACAAAACAGUGGGACCAAGUAGGACUAGUAAAGAAUAUCAGAUUGAUAAAGGCAUGACACAAUCUAUAUUUAGGCUAGUUACAUUAACAGUAAACAAACGCAGAAAACAAAAGGUGAAUGAUACUACUGCGCUGCACUGUUGGAGCUAGGAACACAAGCAUUUUGCUACACCCGCAAUAACAUCUGCUAAAUAUGUAUAUGUGACCAAUAAAAUUUGAUUUGAUUUGAAUGGAGAUCCAAAGAACCAAAACACAGCCUACUACCGUGAGAUGCAGCCAUGCACAGCCGGCUUGCCAAAUAGGCCUAUACAGGCCCUCUUCAAACAUGGAAUAUAAUGCCGCUCGCUCAUGAGUUCAGCAACACGUUGUGAUAUGGAACAAUACACUUAUGUGAUACAAUUCGACCCAUGUAAUCAAUUAAGCAAUGCCAGCCUACCAUAAACAUGUUUCCAGAGGAUUGAGAUUGUUCAAAAAUAUUAUCUGAAAAUAUGCUAAUUACAUGCAAUUUUUUGUCACCUUUCUGGACCCUCGCCAGUUUGCAUCCCUGUUAUGAGCUCACCCGAUCUAGUUGCAGUCCGUACACUGGCUGGUCUGUCAUUAACUAGCCCUUGACUAAACUUUCAAUUCAAAUCUUGCAAGGUUUAGUGAGGGGCCAUUUAGUCAGGGACUAGUUUAGUGGCACUCAGCUGGGUGCGUCUCGGAAGACGCGAGAGGAGGCCAAUCUUCAAAUCCCAUAAAUGUGCCUAUGUUUUCAUUAGUCGGUGUCCACCACAUUUUGUUGGGGUACCGGGCAGGUGCGCCGGUAGUAUUUUGUAUUUCCUAAGACCGGGGAAAGUUUCAAGUUGGGAUUUUGCACUACGCCACUUACAAUGAAUAUCCCCUUCUCCUCUUUGGGUAACAUUUUAGUAUUUUACCAGUCUUAACCCCUGUUUUCUCCCUCCCUCAGAGCUCCUGCAUCCCCUUUGACUACUGGAAGGAGACCGUGUCAGUGCUGCUGGGCUCAGACAGGACUUCUCUGUGUGCCAUAGCCAGCUACAUAGACGAGCCCUUCAUGGACCUGGACAGGGACCUGCUGGAGGAUUAACCCAUACAGGAGGGCUUGGCUGGGCUGGUGGAGGGGUAGGGGGUCGCUGGGGUAUGGACACCUAUCAGGAGUGAUGACCAUGCCAGAAAGACAGAGCUGGGCUGUAACUAUGGCUGGACACAGGGACUCGUCGCUAUGCUGUCUGUAGCUAGGCCAGGAGGCUGUUACUAAAGAGGGGGGGGGGGGGGGGGGACUCUACAAUCCUGGCCAUCUUCACUCCUUUUCUCUUCAGAGGAGAAGGGGUGAGAGUGCACCUGUUUGUCUGUCCAUCCCAGACCCUACAGUAGAGAGAUAUACAUUUAUUGGACCUUGAAAUACUCCUAUGUUGGUGGUUUGCUUUAGGUGAAAUCAAAUAGCCUUUUUAUAUAUUACAUAAAUAUAUGGAAAAAUCUAUACGUACGAUGCAACAAAUUAGAUGGAUGGAUCUAUCCAUCUAUCACAGAAAAUGAUUUGUUUUCACCGUGGGGGGCUUGUCAUAGGAGGGGAGGCCCAGAGUAUGUGUCUAAAGACUAGUCCCCCUGCGUCUCUUCUAGACCACAUGGCUCUCUUAGAGAUGGGAAGUGUUGACUCCAUGUCUGGGAGCCUAAGAGGGCUGCACAUGACUGGAUGCAGAGAUGGCAUCAGUCUUGUCCAGUGGUCUUUUGAAUGAACAGCUUCGUCUCUGAUCUAUAUGUGUAUGUAGGCCUCUCUCUUAGGUGAAUCUAGUCGACUGAUACUUUGUAGCUUUACUCAGCCCGUCCAGGUAGCUUGUGGAUCUGUUGAUGGUUUACAUUCUAUGGGGUCCUGUGGUGGAUGAGAUGGGGCUUUGGACGGGACUCCCACUCACCUGAUGCCACAACCCCUUCAUGACUUCACUCAGAGACAAGGAAACAUUUUCCUUUCUGGUUUUGUUUUUCAUCUUGUUAAGAGAAUAGCUUUUAGAUCUAAAUAAAGUGUAGAUAAAAGGAAGAUAAAAGGAAGAUAAAACAUUGCAUUGUUUGAAUUGUUAUUUUGAUGAGACGUUGUUUUUAUUUUGUAUCCAUCAAGUGAAAGGAGGUUUGGUAGAAGAAUAAACUAUGCAGGUUCUAGUAUUUAAUCCCACUCUGUCUCCGACAGUUCUCACAACGGUUCUUUCACUUCUUAUCCUUCAACCAACAGCCACGCUGUGCUGCAUCACUUGAUUGUUCUCUAGUCAUCCACUUAACUCUUGACUGCUCUUAUCUUACCAUGAGCCUAGACUUUGACAAUCUUGAUCUGUCUUUGUGUGAUGAUUCUGUGCUUGGUGUCACCUCUAAUGUGAUUGGCUAAAGGGGGGGAAUGGGUGUGGUUAUAUUGCUAUGGCUCCUCUGGCUAGAAUGUGCUGAUGUUGCCGUGGCAAUGGAUGCUGAGCUGAGUAAGCAUUUUGCAUUUCUCCAAACAAAAAAUUAGUCCAAAAUUUGACAAAUGAUUGCGCUACCUCAUUUUUCAACCCAGCAAGCACCAAUUGGAUCACUCACAGGGUUUAUGUCGAAAUGGAACUAAUCCUGUUCAAAUGUUUUUCUUUGUACGUUCACAUGAAUGAAUGUAUGAAAGCAAUCUGUUCAUAAUCUGGUUUGCCCUAAGAGUUGGUAGUACUACAUGACCACGGGCUUUCCUACGAUGUGUGUCCUCGCAGCAUUUAGUUUCUUUACCUACCUACACUUCACCACUACUUCAUGUGGAUGACUUGUAUUCAUGUACGUCAUGGAAGGAGCCUGCAAUGUUCUACUGGUACAGCACCAGUUACGUCAUUCUGUGUGUCCAGUCUUAUCUUGUUCUAGUGUUUGGAACAGAACUGUUGCUGUGAGAACUCCAUGCAUGUUCCACGCUCCCCAAGAGACAUGAUUGCCUGUGGAAUCCCAGAUUGUCCGUUUUUUUUGUUUGGCAUCUGGUGCAGAGUAGAUAACCUACUUUAAAAAAAUCUCAUCUUAAUUAAUUCUAGAUAUAACUUUGAAAAUCAAAUGCAGUACUGUAUUUCUUAUACUAUCCCUCAUUAACAGCCACAAAUAUUUUGUAUUGUUGAAACAUUGUACAGAUUUGCUUCACGCUAAGAACUGAAAGACACUUCAGAAGCAGCCUAAAUCCAAUACAAAAAAAUUGAAGGUCUGAGUUGAUAAU